AUGUACGACGACAUUAGUCUAAUAGAAUUAGUGCGUCAAUAUGCAUUCUUGUAUGACAAAGCACAGAAGGCAUACAAGAACAAAACCGAGAAAGAGAAUACAUGGAAAACCAUCUCUGAAAUAUUAGAUACAACCCCUGAGGAGUGUGAGCAACGGUGGCUUCUACUAAGGAACAGGUUUUGUACUGAAUUGAGGAAAGAAAAAACAAUACCAACUGGCAGUGCACCCAGAACGCCCUGGCACUUGUAUGAGGACCUCUCAUGGUUGAAACCCCAUGUUAUUCCAAGGCGUACUAGAGGAAAUGUUACUCCUGCACCAAGAGCAUCAAAUGUAUGGGAUUCCUUAUCAUACACCCAAUGCACUAAUGAUACCACAGAGGAUAUUGAAGAAACCGAAAAUUCUACACAUGACAUGGAAGAAUCAGAAACUCAAUUUGAUUUAGAGUCUAAUUUUUGUGAAAGUUCCCAGGCUGAGUGUUCUGAGGAACAAAACAGCCACCAGGCUGUGUGUUCAGAGGAACAGAACAGCCAGCCCAGCUGCUCAACUUCAACACCAACUGGAGUCAAAAGAUGUAAGCCACAAUUAAGAGACAUAAAGAAUGAUGUGACACAAGUGAAAAAAAAGAGGGGAGAAAAUAAGGCAUUAGGAGAAGCACUCACUGGUGCCUUAAGCCAGUUCAGUAAAGUGAUGGGAAAGAAAGAGGAAGAAAAAAAAGAGAACAGGUCGAAUCCUGAGGACCAUUUUGGAGCUGUGGUAGCAGGAUUACUGAAGGAAGUCCAGGAUGGAAGAAAGAAAGUGGCUCUUGAAGCUGAUAUCCUGAAGCUUUUCGAAAGUUAUAUGUAA